AUGCAAAGAGAUGCUAUUCACCUUCGGCGCUUUUCCUCCGGACGUCUCGGGUAUGCCACGCGUCCCCUGUCAACAGAGCUUCCCCCUCCCAAGCGCAAUCUCUCCCCCGUCACUCAUUGUCCAGUUCGAGCGGGCAGUUUGGUCAUAGCUCCAGCGAUGAUCUCACCUCUGGGCAGCUUCUUUCGCUUCAGUCGGAAAGGAGGUCGGUUAACGACAGCGUUUGUGCAACGGCGGACACACAACGCUAAUCAAAGUCGCUCAACGCUUGCGACUUUGACCGGUCACACAAUCCCAUUAUUCUGGCACGAUUGUCUUACCAGACGUCGUCCGAACAGAGUCUACCAACCGUUCUUGCCUUUUGGAACUGCACCCACCCGACGACCACUCUUCCCGCCAAGCUUGGCUUCCCGCCAAGCUUGGCUUCCCGCCAUAACGUGCCCAAAUAUGAUCGAUCCCGCGGAUACGACGCGGCGGCGGCGAAAAGCGGUACGGGACACGACUCAAAAAUAUGGAGCAGAAUCUCUGCCAUCGGUCUAG